AGGAGAAUUCAAUGAAGCUUGAAGAAUUUGAUGUCAUUUGAUGGGGAAAGGGUUCAGUGGUAAAAAAUGAGUGCCUAUCCCUUUAAGAGGUCCCAAUGUCUCUCUCCAAUCCCCCCUCCUGCCCCCUGUCCCUCACAGCCAUUCACACGCUUCUUUAAUGCAUUUUGGUGAACUGUGUUCAUGCUACAUGCAGUCUGCCUCUGUGAGAGGACACUUCCAACAUGAACACAGUUACUGAAGACUGGGACUAAGCCAGCUCUAAGUCAGACUUCAACCAUCAACCACCCAUGUGACAUCCAUAUGCUGAAAAGCCACUGAACACAACUGAAUCAAAAACUGACCCGUCAUUCCUUUCACAUAAAGAACAACAUUCCAGAUGUAAGACAAUGGACUGUGUGUUGCUUCUUCAAAGCUCAGAGUUAAGAGCUCUUGAGGAACUGGAGAACUCCCUGUUCAUCAGUGGCUUUUGAGGAAUAAUUUUCCAUCCUGCAGAAGAUAAGGAUCUGAGGCUGUCACGUGUGUUCCUGCCCAGAGGAGAACUAACAUAUGUCCGCAGGCAGUCUUCCACAUCUGCUACAAACAUGACUGAAAGUCAAAAUGCCUGCUCUACCAAGGCAGGACAAGGAGGACUCCGAAAAAUCUCUUCUACUGGAGAGCCGAGUCCAUGUCCAAUCCCAGGUGUAGGACCUGGGGUCCUAGAGAUGCGUGUUAAGGAGGGAAGUAAAAUUCGAAACAUUUUGGGCUUUGCUAUGUCCCGUCUGCAAGGGGAAGGACACGUGGUUCCAGUGACUCAGGUUGUGUUUACUGGUAUGGGCCGUGCUAUCACCAAAACCAUUACUUGUGCAGAGAUUGUGAAACGGAAAGUCCGGGGGUUACAUCAAGUGUCCAAGCUUCAGUACAGGACAGUGAGAGAAGUGUGGCAGAGCCAGGAGGAUGAAGAGGUCCAGAUGACCGUGCUUAAAAAUGUCCCAGCCAUUUACAUUCUCCUCUCCAAAGAGCCGCUGGACCCACAGGAGUUAGGCUACCAGUCCCCUGCUGAGACAGGCUCCAGCUUAGAGGAACAGAAAAGUGGAGAUGCUACAGAGGUUUCUGGAAAAAGACCCUUAAGUCCCAGCUCUCAGAUGACCCAGGCCAGCAUAAAAAGAACACACAUAGAACCAGCAAAUAAUUAUUAGUCUAAAAUAAUUUAAUGGGAAUCAACUUGUACAGCCUAAAACAUGCACUUUUUCUCUGUUUGGUCUUCAUUUAAAAGCACAAAUCUGUGUAUAUUCCACUGUUGUACAUUAGGAUUAUUAAAAUGCUUGAACAGGAAAGCUUAACCCUCCUAUUAUCUUUGGGGUCAAUUUGACUGUUGAAUCUUUUGAAUGUUUAACAUCUCUAAAUCAAUGACAUUUUUGCUUCAUAUUUAAUUACUUUCUCUAAAGGGACAUCUGGGUAAAUCUUUUUUUUUGUUUGUUAGUUUUUUUAUGUCCUGCUCACAUUUUGUACUCAUCAGUAUUCCUAAGGGUCAGUUUGACCCCGGCUGUUUCAGCUGUAUGAAACAUAAGACAUAUCAACAAUUUACACACAUUUGUUUAGGCUGUUUUGGAUGAUAUUGAGGUUGUAAUAAAAUGCAAUCUUAGAAUCUUCAAAAACUUUAGGGCCCUAAUCUAACACAACGAUGCCCGUAGCAGUGUGAGAACCACCGAUAGUUUAUACUAUAUGGGGUGGGGGGCAGAAGUCCCAUUAGAAAUUAUUUCCCAGAUCUUUUAAUUGCUGGGGUGAAACUGAAGAUAACAGAAGGGUUAAGACAAAUGAAACACCUGUAAAUCAUGUAAUCUAUCAUGAUCGUUUUCCCUGAAGUUUUCUUCCAAAGAAAGCCCCCCCCCCCCCC